AUGCUUGAAUUAGACUCAAAUCUCGUUUUGGUAUGUUCUCAGGUCUUUUUUAUGUCGUCAACUUUUGUCUAUCCAGGUUUUGGGAAAAUGGUUUGUUUCUCAAUGAAUUAAUUGUUUCCAGUUUUUUCAUACACGAACUUUUAAAUUAUACCAAACUUUUGUGGAAAAACUAGAUUUGGACUUGUUUUGCUUAAGUUCUGAGCUAUGUUUCAACCUUUGGAUUGUGUAGUGGUUAGUUACUCGUCUUUAUGUUGUUUCUGGAUCUAUUCGCAGUGUUGUUAAAAUGAGAGAUAUCGAUUCUUCUCGAUAUCAUAGUAAAACCUCCUUUCGAAAAUGGAUCAUAUUUAGUUUUGAUGAAACUGAUUCUAUGUUUAGUUUUGAUGAAACUGAUUCCGCUUCCAUUGUCCCUUUUGUUUGGUCUGUGUGUUUUGUUUUGGUGUUUUGGGAUGUGAACUAACAAUCCCAGUUAUCUAUAUAAUUUGUACUUGGUAGUUUAAGUUUGUUCAACAAUAGUUUACUGAAGCUAAUUGGAGCAACAUUGAUUAAGACAAUUGAAGAAGAAAACAUAUUUAAACUAUGAGAAUUAUUGUCGUGAUUUUGUUGAAGGUUUUAGAAAUCCGUCUGAUAUUGUUGGAACAAAAACACAUAAUUCACCUUAUUUUUAAAAUAAAGUUAGUUCGGUAUUGCUAAUGAAUUAUCAAUCAUGUCUGAUUUUACUAUUUUCUAGUGUGGAAAGACCGUUAGUUUUUCAUUAUUAUCAUCAUAUUUUUCUGUGAUGUAAUAUGUUGCAAAUCAGUUUCAAUAAAACAAUGAUAAAAAGAUGUAAAAUAAAUGCAAACAAUUGUUUCAUUAUAAAAGGACAAAAAUAUCCAUAAAUGUUCAUCUAGAAUUCCUAAACUAAAAUGACUAUGUUAAACAAUCCUCAAAAUAUAACUUAUUAUAUAACACACUUUUUUAGAAUGACUGCUUGUUGAGUUAUGGUUUGGCCAUUUUGAUCCAAACUUAGGUUUAAACAUAAAACUCUUUGUCAAAUUUGAAAAUAUAUUAAUUGAAAUAUGUAUCAUUAGCAGUCAAAUUAAUAACAUAAUUAAUCAACGACUUUUUUUUCACUUAAUUAAGUUUUAAGAGAUUUAUUUAUAAGUGGGCUAGAUUAUUUUGUUUCUAUGAGUUGAAAUAUUUAUCUAUUUUAUAGUAUGAGUUAUAUAUUCCAAGUGUAAAAUGUUAAUACCAACUAAUCAUUGGCAAUUUUCGAUCAAAAUAAAUAUAGUUUAAUUUGUUGAACUUAUGCAGUAAUAAUUAACAAAAACAAAUCAAGUUACGAUUUCCAGUAUCAUAAUGUACCAUUACAGAAAUUUAUGAGUCUAUUUGCAUUAUUUUGUCUAUUCUCUACCAUCUAUAUAUAAUAUUUUUCUUAAUUUGGGGAAAUUAAUAUAGAACUCACAACGGUAAUAAUACAACGUAAACACCGUGUUGUGUUGUAGGUCCAAACUUAAAAAAAAAAAAAAAAGUCACUCCUUUCCCAAACUAGCUUCGGACCGAACCUAAAAACAACCACAUGACCGUUACACCAGGCCUAAUUUAAAUACCACCAUCACUCUCCUCUUCUUUAUCUCUGUCCUAAAUCUCACAAACUCAUCUCUCUCUUUGUUUCUUCAAUGGCGACGAAACUCAUCAUAAAGAAAUCAGCGAUACCAAUCAACCGUCACCAACGAAGCUGCUUCCGCCGUCACCGGAAAACUCAAAUCGGAUGCACAUCGCCGGCGGCGACCGCCGUCAUCGCCUCCAUCAACAAAUCGAUUUACAGAUGUCAACGAAGCAUUCUCUGCUUAUUCUCACGCGUCGACGGUCGUCUAGGAACCAGAGGAUUCAAAAUCCUCAAAUCUCACGGAUCCGCUCACAAUCUCAAAACUCCUUAUUCCUUGAUUCACGAUAGAUCCGGCAAAUCCUUCGACGAGACGAAGAAGACGAUCGUGUUAGACCUAGACGAAACGCUUAUCCACUCGUCGAUGGAGAAACCCGAAGUUCCGUACGAUUUCGUGGUGAGGCCCGAGAUAGACGGUCAGAUCUUAACCUUCUUCGUGAUCAAACGGCCAGGAGUGGAUGACUUCUUGAAGAAGGUAGGAGAGAAGUACCAGAUCGUUGUUUUCACGGCGGGGCUGAGAGAGUACGCUUCUUUGGUGCUGGAUAAGUUGGAUCCGGAGCGGCGCGUGAUCUCGCGGAGCUUUUAUAGGGACGCGUGUAGCGAGAUCGAUGGGAGGUUGGUGAAGGAUUUAGGGUUUGUGAUGAGAGAUUUGAGGCGCGUGGUGAUUGUUGAUGAUAAUCCGAACGCUUACGCGCUUCAGCCAGAGAAUGCGUUUCCGAUCAAACCGUUCAACGAUGAUUUGAGCGAUGUUGAGCUAAAGAAGGUCGGUGAGUUUUUUGAUGGAGAUUGUGAGAAGUGUGAAGACAUGAGAGUUGCUCUGAAGGAGUUUGUCGGAAGAGAGGAAUGAUUUUUGGUUAAGUUGAUUAGUUGAUUUGAUUAAUUAGAGGAUUUGAUUAUGAAAGGCAUUGAACCAAUAGCUUUGUUUGUUCAAUUGUCUUGUGUAAAACCUCCUCGUUUGAAAAAAGCAAUUUGUUCAUUUGUUUUGAUUAGUGUUUUCUCCGUGGCUGAACAAAAGGAGGUCUAAUGAAGGUUUUGAAAUUUAAAUUAUGGAUGGAAAUUAAAAAUGUGUCUUUAUGAGGCUUUUAUCGUUGAA